UACUGUGUGAGCUGUGAUUUGCCACAGCUUGUCACAUGGUACAAGGCUGUUAUUUCACACGUAGUAAGCAAUGAUGUCACAAGUGACAUCUUGCUUACUAUUCUGCAUGUGAUCACUGAUUGGCCAAACAGUGAUCACAUGAUCGGGACCACAGCGGGCACCGGAUCGUGGUGCUUUGCACUCUCAGGGAGCGUGCACAAGCAGGGGGCGGGGAAGCCGUUUAUAAACAGCCACCCGACCCUGCACUGCCACCGUCCAGCCCGUUUACAUACAACGGCCGGACGGGAGGUGGUUUAAAAAAGAGUUGGAUGCAUUCCUAAAUGCACAAAAUAU